AUGGCGGGGAAGGAAGCCCCCUCCGCUGACGACGAGUCUUUGAUUGCGGGGAAGAGAUCGCCGCCCUCCGUCGACGUCACUGUGGUCGCCGAGAAGGAAGCCCCAACUGCGGAUGACGCCACUAUGGAUGCCGUCCAGAGACGCCUCAUGUUCGAGGAUGAGUGGGUUAUUGCUCCUGACCUCCUGUCUUCUUCUUGGAUCUCUUAGUUUCCGUGGGACCUUUUCGAUGAGCGUGGUGAAUACUUUGGCUCACCAUUUAAGACUUAAGUUGCUGCCUUUUGUCUUUGGAGAAUAGAUUUGAAAUUUUGUCCAUGACGCCCUUCAUUUGCUGCUAUUUGUUGUUACUGAAUUUGUACGUGUUGCUAUUUUUUUUCCUGCGAACGUCAGGGUGUUUUUUUCCUUUCAUUUCCGAAUAUUUCAUCUUGAGGCUUUCCAAGCAAGUGUUUGCAUGUUUGAUGGUGUAGCUCUGCCACUCUACGCUUGUUUUUCUGGGUUAGACGUUUCAGUCGCAACCAUUUUUUUCUUUGAUUUUUCUCAUUUCCAUUCUUGUGGUUGUCCAAUCAGUGGGAAAUGGAGAAUCUAUCAUUUCAUUUUUCAAUGCUGGGGAAUUUUGGAUGGUUUCGUCAACCUGUUGCGGCAGUUAUUUGUUUGUUGUGUGAACGACUGUGAUUGAAAUCAAUCCGAAAAUAUAAAUAAAGCUGUAGCUGUUUUACAAAAUUCGAUAAUCAUGUAUUAAUUUUGUAAAGUUUUUCGAGCCAGUGCUAUACGGAAUCACAUAAAGCAUAGAAAAUAUUUCUUCCCUGAAUAUCGGAUGUGAUUUAUUUUUUUGCUAGUUGUAGAAUUUUCUUUGACAAUCCAAUAUUUGAGAACUUUUUCUGUCACAUCUUACAAAUCUGAAAGGUUGUCAAGGACUGUUUUUCAUACGAUAUUAAGAUUUCCAUUGUGUGAUGAUUGAUAUAUUGCUUCUUUAAAACUUAUCUACUUUAUCUGCAGCUGUGCCUGGGAGAGAAAAGAGGGGCAGUUUCUGGAUGACACUUAGAAUGAUAGAAGAUGGUUCUUGUAAUAUGAAAUAAUAGCUUUUAUGGGUGAAGAUCAUUUUUUUCUGAAGAGAUAAGAUGGCAUUGAUGAAAGCCGUUCAAAAAAUUGUCCAGAAACUUUAUGCAUCCUUUGCAUCAUGCGAGUAUUGUAAUUGCCUUUAUCUUCAUGAAGAUUGCCUUAUGGACGUAGAAUACAAUUUAAAAAUUCUGCUUUAUCAAAUGAUUCUAUACUAUCCAUAGUUUGAAUGUUGACGUGAUAUAGCUUUCCUGCAUUCAAUCCUCAAAAGAAUCACACAUAGUAUGCAAAAAAGCUAUGAUAUUUUGAUCCAUCCCAAAACUACCUCAAUGAUAAUUUUUUCCUGUAGAAUGCUUUGAUGCGUUAUCUAAUUUAGUAGUUUUUUUAUCUUAGAAAGGUAAUGUGAGAUUUGACAUUUUUAUGCUUUUUCGGGUAAUAUUAUAGCAUAUCCACCAAUUAUAUUUUAAGGGAUUCGUGUUCAAAAGAAUCUUAGUUUCCAUGAAUGAACUGUUUGCAUGAUAAUGAUUCACAGUUUAGCUUUUCUUGUGCCUUUUAUGAAUCUUGAACCCAACAUAGGAAUGUAGAGUGAAUUCAAUGGCAACAUACACAUACAGGACAGUGGAUGACUGCUAGCAAGGUGUUUGGUCUGGUCCAUCAAAAUUUAUUAAGAGAGUCGUGGAUAUGACUCUUCCUGAAAGUUUCUCAAAGUUUAUGACAAAAGCAUCUUUGUACUUGGGGUUCCAAGUUAGUAACCUGAAAAUUGAGCUCAGUCCCUGCAUAUAAUAGCCCGACAAAAGUAACUUUGACCAAUCAAACUAUUACUUCUCAGAUACUUGUUCUUUGUCGGAAUUGUAGGUGUAGAUCUUGUGUAUGAAUUGUAGCUCAUAUAAUUUAAGGCUGCAUACUUGUGUUCUUUAAUAUUUUUAAAGCUAUAACCCUAUAAGUGACAUUCUGAUACAUUUUAAUUAAGAGCUUGGGAUCAUUUUUUCGUGUCAAAUGUUCUCAUUUUGGUGUCAGGUGGCUGUCAUUUUUUAAUGUUCUAUAUAAAAUCCAGCAUGUAUGUGCUUAAGAGAAGUAAAUUCUUUUCACCUUGAAAAUUAUUGUAAUGGCGUUUUGGAUCAUAUGGCGAAUUGAUUAACGAUAUGUAUGGCCAUUUUUUAUGGUUUCUGCAGGUGUAUACUGGUGGAUGAGAAUGAUAAUGUUGUUGGACAUGACUCCAAAUACAACUGUAAGUAGAAGUUUAUCAUUAGUAACUGAUUCCGUCACAAGAUUUUGUUUGCGUAUAUUGCUUGUAAAUAACUUAUCAUUUUUGUUUUCUUGGUGGAUUAGUUAACUGUACUUUUCAGAUGGGUUUCACUUGUUUCUACUAUUUACGAUAUUUGGACGUUUGUGUAUCUUUACUCCUGUCUCUUCACUAAUCUUGGCUUCCCAUAUUUAAUUUUUCGUUAAUAUCUGGGCUCUGUAUAUUCAAAUUGAGGUCAACAUCUCAGUGAGAUGCUAGAGUUGAAACUUUAAUUAGUGCCCAUUCAGAUGAACAUAUUACAGUGUUGGACGUCUGAAUUUAGAUUAAUGUCAUGAUGAGAUCAAAUAGUAAAAGAUACUGUGUAGAUUCCACGUUUUCUCCCUUGCUUCCUUUUUCUUUCUUCAGAGUGUCAAUGAUCAGCAGUGAGAUUUUCUUUUAUUGGGUGUAGUCACACUGCUUCAGUUCAAUCAAGAAGACUAAAAGCAAAACAAACACUAUGAUUUCCCCAAUAAGACACAUGGUCCCCUUGGCCUUCAUUUGGAAAUGCGCUAAAUGGUGGCCUUAGAGUAUGAAGAAUACAAUCCUGAAUAUAGAAAUAUCUCUAAAUAUUAUCUACCUAUGUUGUUAGCUAAAUAUUAGGCCCUUCUUUGCAAUAAUGGCUUUAACAUGUAAUUCCUUCCUUAUUUCUCCUCCUGAUGUGUUUACUUCUGUCAUUGUUCUUCAGGUCAUUUGAUGGAGAAAAUUGAUUCUGAGAACUUGCUUCACAGGGCCUUCAGUGUUUUCCUGUUCAACUCGAAGUAUGAGCUUUUACUUCAGGUAAUUAUAAAUGGAGAUAUUUUUUGUCAAUACUUUAUGAUUUUUGAGUUUCAUAGAUAUAUCAGUAGUGGGUAAUUAGAAUGCCUGGUUCUUCUGUCACUUCAACUGUGAAAGAGCUUCUUCUGAGUCUCAGGUGAUCCAUUUGAUCACAAGGUGUCUUUACUAUCGUUAAGGCUUGUGUGAAUGUCUUAUCAGCCUACUUUUUUCGUUCUAUUAUUGAUAAUAAUGUGGAAUUAAGAACGUUUUAUGUGGUUAUUUAAUCGUGUUGGACUUUGAUCACACCCAUGGAGCUAAUGAAAAUAUAUAAAUGGACCACGGCGGUGUUACAUUCAGUAGAUCAUAUCUUCUUUAUUCUCUGGAUAAUACCUACUGCAUAAACGACCAGAAAGAUUCCAAAAUAUUCUACUCCUCAUCUCUUAUUCUCCUUGUAAUUGAACUCACAACAACAUUACUUCGUCUUGUGGCAGCAAAGAUCCGAAACAAAGGUGACAUUCCCCAGAGUGUGGACUAACACCUGCUGCAGCCAUCCUCUUUACCGCGAUUCUGAACUCAUAGAGAAGGACUUUCUUGGUAUAUCUCAUCACUGAAAUCUCUACCCUAUUGUGGAAAUUUAGCCACUUAAAGUAAGAGAAAAUGUACUUGCUCUUGAACCAGGGGUUAGGAACGCUGCACAAAGGAAGCUACUGGAUGAACUGGGCAUUCAGGCUGAACACGUCCCUGUUGACCAGUUUGUCCCUGUAGGCCGCAUGCUGUACAAGGCUCCCUCUGAUGGAAAAUGGGGGGAGCACGAGUGUAUGUUCUUGAAUGAUUCUCAUGUUCAUCAUUUUACACAUAGAAAUUUAGUUAUUUAAUUUUGGAAUGAUUCUCAUAAUCAUCAUUCUUCACAUUAGAUAUUCAGUUAUUUAAUUUGGGUUUUGUUACCAUGGAACGUGAAUACUAUAUUUAUGGCUCAAUGAAUGACUUAUUUCGAAUGGUUCCAAAAAUAGGGAAAAAAACGAUUCCAUUCUCUUGCUUCUUUCAUUUAAUAUACUUUAUAGAAAACAUGUCCAAUGUAUGUGUUUAUUUUUCUUAAUUGAUUGUUUUGAUCUAUCUUUCUAAAAAAAUUGUUUCCUUUUAACUUCUCUUUUACAAAAGAGGCUGCAACAUUCUUUCCUAAAUUGAUUUUUUUGAUCUUAUUUUGCGACUCUAAUUUAAAUCAUCAUCAGGAAUUCGUCAUCAUCUCCUUUCUGAAACCAUUCUCUUGCUCAUUUCCAGUGGAUUAUCUCCUCUUCACUGUCCGCGAUGUCGAGGUUAAUCCCAACCCUGAUGAAGUUGCUGAUGUCAUGUAUGUUGACCGGGAGAAGCUCAAAGAGCUGCUCAGGAAGGCUGACUCUAGAGAAGAUGAUAUCAAGCUCUCCCCUUGGUUCAGGCUGGUGGUGGACAACUUCAUGUUCAAGUGGUGGGACCAUGUCGAGAAGGGCACCCUUGGGGAGGUUGUCGACUUGAAGACCAUCCACAAGCUGACGUCGUAA